UUUUUUUUUACUUACUUUUUAUAAGCAAAAAUGUCAAAAGUUUCAAACUUGUAUAAAAUGGCAGCUAUUCCCAAAUUAUAUCAACUUACUCUUCCUCGAGCAUUAUUCUCAACUUCAAUACCACGUUUACAUAAACUCAAUGCUAAAAAACAGUUACAAGGUACAGGAACUGUACCUCAAAGAGCUGGUCUCGCUAACGAUAAACAAAUCUUUCUUGACUGGAAUAGUCGUAAGACAAGUGUUUAUAAUCAUUUUUGGUUACGAGACCAUUGUCGUUGUGAACAAUGUUAUCAUCCUAUAACUCGACAAAGACUUGUUAAUACCUUUUCUAUUCCUCGAGAUAUUAAACCGUCUACUAUUAAUAGUACUGAAAAUGGUUUAGUUGUGACUUGGCCUGAUGGUCACGAAUCAACUUAUGCUUGGGAUUGGCUACAUACUCACUCCUAUAGCCCUGUACUUCGCUCUUCUGAGCCAUUAUCCAAUAAGAGCCCUAAAUUGUGGGGUGCUGAGCUUAAACUUGCUCCUGUAGAAUAUGAGGCUGUCAUGCAAACGAAUGAGGGUUUAAAAGAAUGGAUAGAUCAACUUGAAACAUAUGGUAUUGCCUUUGUUAAAGAUGUACCUACAACGAUGGAAGACACAGAGAAAUUAGCUCGACGUAUAUGUUUCCUACGCGAAACGCAUUAUUCCCAAGGGAUCUGGUCCUUUACAGCUAAUUUGGCUCAUGCCGAUACUGCUUAUACUCAAUUAGCGUUAGGUGCCCAUACAGAUAAUACUUAUUUUACUGAACCCUCUGGUCUUCAAAUGUUCCAUAAGCUAGAAUUUGAAGGUAAAGGCGGUGAUUCUCUUUUUGUGGAUGGAUACUCUGUGGCUAAACAAUUAAAGGCUAUAUCACCUAAUGCCUAUCAUACAUUAUCUAGCACAUUGAUUCCUACUCAUUCAGCGGGUGAUGAAAACAUCUUAAUCGUCCCUACCCCUAGGGCUUUCCCUAUAUUAAAUCAUGGACCUAAUGGGGAGCUUUAUCAAAUUCGUUAUAAUAAUGAUGAUAGAUCUACAUUGGAUCAUUUGAGCUCUACUCAACUAGAUGAAUUUUACGACGCUUUAUUCCUUUGGCAUGAUUUGCUUACAUCUAAAAAGAACGAAUAUUGGAAUUCUUUAACUCCUGGACUUGUCGUCAUAUUUAACAAUUGGCGUGUUUUACAUGGUCGUAGUGCUUUUACGGGGCACAGACGCAUCUGUGGCGCUUAUUUCCCCUGGGAUGACUAUAAGAGUAGAGCUAGGACCCUUCGAAUGACUACAGAAGAUAAAGAUCGUCUUUUAUAAUAUAAUAUUUAAUCUUAUAUAUGUAUACUUUAUUUGAUAUACUAUGAAUGAAUAUUUUCUUAAUAAUAAUAAAUAAUAUUGAUAUUCUUUGUCGUAAAAAUAAA